UGACAUAAACACCCCCAGGAGCCUCCAGAACACAGCUACUAGGGCCCCAUUCCCUUCCCUUCCCGCACACAUCCCCACACGGGUCCGUGUGGGCUGGGAGACUCCAGCCCUUUGCAGUGCCCCUGAGCCACCCCACGAUCUACCAGGACCCAGUGUCCCCGUGGCUGCAGCACCAUGUUCCUCUUUGCCCAAAAGCUCAAGACGCCCGUCAGCACCUACACCGACUCUUACCGGCCGCCAUGCACCAUGAAAAAGGCACUAUAUGAGCAGGCUCCACAGCAGCUAUGGAAGGAAAACACAUUUGUGACCCAGGGAUUAACAAUGUCCCAGGACCAAAAUACAUCUUACCGAGGUCAGCCUGAGAAGAUGAUUAGGGAUGUGAUGCAGGAGUAUUUGUACCGGAAUGCUGUUGACCCCACUGCUUACUGGCCUGAGAAGUACUGGCUGACCAAACCUGAAGAGAAAUACACCCCGGUUUUUGUCAAUGACGACAAAUACCUCACCUGGCGAACAGGUCCCUACAGCAGUGCAGCCUGGAACAAGUACAGCACCUACCUCCCGCUGCCACCCAAGGAGACGAGAAUGGAGACCUAUCUUCAAAGCGUACCUGUGCCAUACCCACCAAAACCCGCCUGCCUCAACCAAUACGAGAGGGAGGUGGUUGGUGACAUGCUGCGCAAGCUGUCGCGGCUCUCACCACCGUCUGUGCAGCCUGUGUACACUAUGUCAGGGAAGAGACCCUUCCAGGGCUAUUACAGCCCAUGCUCUGGUCGCCACUAUUGCCUGCGAGGGAUGGACUACUAUGUCGAUGGGGACCCUGCCAUCAGAAGGCAUAUCAGUGCACUAGCAGAACGGACUGUAAGGAGCACCCCAUGUUGCACUUACAGCCCCAUGGAGACGUUCUCUGCAACUACACAGCACCCCCAGCCCUUAUACCCUUCUAUGAACCCUAGGUGGGACUCCAGCCACUUCAAGAAGAUGGGGGGAGCCCAGAAGAGCAGCUACACCAUUCACCCUGAGUUCUGCUCAGAGAUGAUCUGUGAACCAACACUCUAAGAGAAGAAGAGCUCUUAAUAAAACCACUUUGGGCAACCA